GGGUACGGAAAUGAUGUAGAACAAAUCUCUACAGAUUUUCUGGUAAGAUUUGAUAGGAUCAAAUCAAGGAAGAAGUAUUGAUCAAGACAUUCAAAUUAUGGGAACUUUUAAUUCUAGAAUUUUAUUUUUAAUUUAUGCCACUUGUUUUGGCAACUUUUGUUAGGGAAUAAUAAUAGUAGGAGAUCUUAUUUGGUGCCACCUAUUUAGCAUGAUUCUAGUUUCCUAGAGUUUUUUAUUUCCUUAUUUUGUUUGCUUGGUCCCUACUCCAAGUUGUAUUCUUGGUAGCCAAGCAUUACCUUAUCAGCUGGGCCUACUACUAGUAUAAAUAAGGGUGCAACCCUCCUUGUUGUUCAUUCAAUCAUUCAAUAAAAAUCAGAGUUCUCUCGAUAUUCCUUGUGCACAACGUUUGUUCUAUCUUUUCUUGUGGAGUCAAGAAGGUCGUCUGUUAGAACGAUACCUAACCCCAUUCGUCUACUAGAACGAUAUCUAGUCUCUCUUCCGCUACAACGCUACGUUAAGAAGUAUUAGAGCGAGGACCACCCUUGUCUCAACGUCUGCCGAUGAAGUGAAUGGAGCAAACCCUAACAAAAGUGAUCGCAAUAUCGAUGCCUUCUGGGGUGCGUUCGAGAAGCAACAACAACAAUCCGAGAUGCAACAACAGUUGACGGAGAUUUGUAACCUGUUGGCUGGAAUGAAUCUCAACCGGCCGCCGACAGGUAACCCUGAUAAUCCUCGAGUCCAGCAAGCACAUGAGCCAAGGGUGCAUAACAAUCUUGUCCGCUUAGGGAAUCAUCCUAUGCGCAUCGCAAACUACCCAGUUUACAAUGGUGAGUCAAGUGAUGACGGCAUUGAGAGGAUUGCUAUGCAUGAGAAUCCUAGAGAAGCUUUCUAGAAUAACAACUAUUGUAUGAAAAUGGAUCUUCCGUCUUUCAACGGGCAGUUAAACAUUGAAGAUUUUCUGGAUUGGCUGCAUAAAGUUGAGAGGUUCUUUGAUUACAUGGAUAUCGAAGAGGAAAGGAAGGUCAAGCUGGUCACUUACAAGUUGAAAGGCGGUGCUUUUGCUUGGUGGGAGCAUUUGCAACUAUCUCGACUGCGGCAAAACAAAGGCAAGAUUCAAUCGUGGGACUGGAUGAAGCAGUUGAUGAGAGCACGUUUUCUUCAUCCAGAUUAUGAUCAAGUUCUCUUCCAUCAGUACCAAAGGUGUCGGUACCAAACUAGUUCCAUCAAUACCAAAGGUGUCGGUACCAAACUAGUUCAUGAGUAUGUUGAAGAGUUCCAGCGACUCUCUUCCCGUAAUGAUCUACCAGAAACGGAAGGGUAGUUGGUGACACGAUUUGUGGACGGGUUACGUACUAACAUACAAGAUAUUGUUACUAUGCACCAGUUCAUACCUUGCAGGAUGCCAUCUAGUUGGCAACAAGGGCUGAGUCGCAGUUGAGCCAUAGAGGAGGUGUUCAAAGUCAAGCCCCCACUCGCACAUCCAACUUCCUAGCGCAGAAUCCGAUUGAGCAGGUUAAAGGGAAGGCAGUCUCUGAGGCAACUUCCAAUCAGGCCUCUCAGAGUUAGACAAAGCUCCCCUGGAGAAAUCAGACGAAUACAAGGCAAACUGUAGGCAAACCUGAUAACCAAAAUAAACCUUAUGCUCCUCCUCGAGGUGAUAAGUGUUAUCGUUGCAGAGAGGCAGGUCACCACUCAAAUAGUUGUCCGCAGAGGCAACAGCACGUCAACCUAGCAGAACAUGGAGAUGAAGAAGACUAUCAACAAGAGGAUGAGGUCGAAGAAGAAGAUCCAACAGAGUGGACCCAUGAGGAUGAGGGUGCAUCACUGGUGGUGCAACGUUUGAUGUACACACCCCGAAAGGAAGAGGUGCAAAGACACAACAUCUUCAAGACUCGUUGUACAGUCAAUCAACGAGUUUGUGAUUUGAUUAUUGAUGGAGGUAGUAGUGAGAACAUCGUGUCAAGGACCAUGGUUGACAACUUAGGGCUCCAGACGCGAAAGCACCCUUCCCCUUACAGUAUUGGCUGGAUCAGAGAUGUCGGCGAAACCGAAGUAAUAGAACAAUGCGUUAUUCCUUUCUCGAUUGGGAAAGAAUAUAAGGACGAGAUUUUGUGCGACGUGGUGGAAAUGGAUGCCUGUCACAUGUUGUUGGGAAGGCCGUGUGUUAAGUUAUGGGUGUAUGUGUAAUUAGUGUGUAAUUGAGCCCUUGUGUAAUUAGAUUAGAAGAUAAGGAUCUCGGUGUAAUUAUUCUCUUAGUCUUGUAUAAACUAACGUAAUGAGAAAAUAACCCUAGUUUUUGGGUUUCUAAUUCUAUUGCUCAGUUUACAUGGUAUCAGAGCAAUCGAUCACUUUGGGACCCAUCUCUCUACCAUCGUUGGCCUCCCAUAAAGCUCCAACGAGACCUCGUCGCUCCUGACAUCGUCUCCUCCUGACAUCGUCUGCCUUCAAUCAGGCUCCGACGUGUCUCUUCCCUUUCCAGAGAGACUUCUGAUAGGUAUUCAUAGUCGGCCUUCACUCUCCGACCUCUGGCAAAUGUUGCUGACCUCCGGCGACUCCUGGGUUUAAGAUUCCUGCCCUCGCCAACCUCUGCCAAACCACGUAGAGGUGGUUUGGAAACUUCCGACAGAUUUCGGAACAGGUAUUGUCAGCCCUUUUUGAUCUCUCACGCUACUGUUGCUUCCGAAUCCAGUGAUAACCACGUACAGGUGGUUGUUCAGAGUUUUUUGGUAACCCUUGCUGCUUUUGCUGAUUUUUCUGUACUCUAAUCUGUGUUUUUCGGACUGAUUUUACUUGGGUUACACUUGUUUGUUGCGGAUUUGAUCGGGUAUUGCUUAUUUGAAAGUGCUAUUCUUCUGUUGAAAUGUCAGAGGAUAAACAAAAGUCUUCCGCUAGUACAAAUGAUGAGUUGAGUUGUGUAGGGACUCUAGAUAAUUUUUCUCUGGAUAUUUGCCACAUUAAGUUGGAUGGUACCAAUUACUUGAUUUGGUCUCGUACUUUUACCUUGGCUAUUGAGGCCAAAGGGAUGUCAGAGUUCAUUGAGGGCCCUGUUGCUCCACCUAUUGAGGCAGUUGAACUCAAGAAGUUUAAAUCUCGAAAAUCGUUAGUUAUGACCUGGUUAUUUAAUUCUAUGAGGGCUGAUAUUCGUCAUACUUUUCUGCUUCUUGAUACUCCACAUAAGAUUUGGACUACUGCAGCCCAAACCUAUUCCCAACAGGGAAAUGAUGCACAGUGUUUUGAAUUGAGGAAGAGGCUCAGUACAUUGGAACAAAAUCAUCGUUCCGUUGCUGUAUAUUUUGCUGACUUGAAUGGAGUAUGGCAGGAAUUUGAUUAUUAUCAGGGAUUUCAGGCUGUUUGUGCUGUUGAUGCUGCUGCUUGGUUAAAGCGGUUGGAGAAGGAAUGUAUUUAUGAUUUUUUGGCUGGAUUUGAUAUAGAAUAUGAUCCGAUUAGAGUGCAGGUGUUGGGGCGUAUUCCGUUUCCGUCAUUGGGCGAGGCUUAUGCCAUUGUUCAGCAGGAGGAGAGUAGGAGAGGUGCUAUGUUGGACACUCCUACUCCUGAGCGUUCUGCCUUGGUUGCCAUUCCUCAGGGUGGGCUUGUUCCACAAAGUGGUAAAUCACAAUCUGGUACUAGCAGUGGGCCUAUUGAUCGAGAGUCACUCCGGUGUGAUCAUUGCUACAACACCGGCCAUACCAGGGAUUUCUGUUGGAAGUUACAUGGUCGUCCCUCUCGUGGCCGAAGGGGUGGACGCGGUGGUCGAGGUCGUGGUUCCAUGCGUUCUCAGGCUCAGGCCCAUGUUUCGGAGUCUACCUUGUCUGAUUCUGGGUUCAGUACUAGGGUUCAGGCGCCUUCUGAUCAUAUUAGUGGUUUUUCCCAGGGGGAGAUGCAAGGUCUCAGGCGCCUAAUGGCUCGGGCUGAUUCUCCAUCUACUAUAACUCCUCCUUCCACAGCAAGUGCCACUUCCUCCUAUUUUGCUCACACAGGUAUUCCGGCUAGUGCCUUUACUGCCUCUUCUACAAUUCCUUGGAUUAUAGAUUCCGGUGCUUCAGAUCAUAUGACAAGUUGUUCCUCUGUAUUUGAUUCUUACUCUACUUGUUCUAGUAAGGAUAAGGUCAGGAUAGCAGAUGAAUCGUUCUCUGCUAUUUCAAGGAAAGGAACUGGACACGGGCAAAAUGAUUGGCAGUGGUAAGGCACAUGAUGGCCUCUAUUUUUUGGAGUCUGCACCUCGUUCACCUAUGUCAUGUGGUCGUGCUUUGCAAGCAGAUACGAGUUCAACUCUUU